AUGAUCAAAGAUUACCAAGACCAAACUCUACAAAGAAUGCAACAGAUCCACGAUAAGUUAUUAGAUGUCUAUCAUCCAAUCAUGAGACUCACCCACCAACCUAUACAUACAUUUCCACUCAACCAAGGCAUUUUAUAUUAUUACCUUAGAGCCUCAAGUCCAACUGCAAUCAAGAGAAUCCCUAAUCUAGAACAUAUUUUUGUGAAUCAAUUUCAAAAUUUACCUGCUGAUGGUGAUCUCAUCCAGCACAAAAAAGCAACAAGCAUUGAAUAUAAUCCUUUACCAUAGGAGUAGCAUUAGAAAUAUAUCGAAGAAAUUAAUUAAAAAAAAUAAGCCAUUAUUGAUUAGUAAGAAUAGAUAUCUGAUUUAUAAAAUAAGUUAUCUGAAAAAGUUCACGAUUAUGAUGUGUUAAAGGAAAAAUUUGAUGUGGAAUUCAAAAAGUUUCAAGAGGAAAUUUCACUUCAACUAAAAGGAAUAGAUUUGAAUAUUUAACUCAAUGACUACACUACAUAUUUUAUGCAAGAAAUUGAUAGGAAGGUACUCAAUUUAUAAAGUAAUAUCAAUUCUUAAAUUGAUGAAAUGAAAACAGAUAUGGAAAAUAAAUUAUAAUAAAAUGAACGCUUAUCAAAAAAUCUACUAUCUAAUACUACAAUUAGAUUACAUUAGGAUGAAUAACAUUUUCAAUAAGAACUUUAGUUUUUGUAAGAUAAACUAGACCAAAAAGUUGACAGGAAUAGAGCUGAAUAAAUUGUUGCUUAAUCGGUUGCCAUCUUGUAACAAUAAUACCAAACUUAAUUAUCGUAAGCUCACUAGCUAAUUGCAAAAAUUAAUUCAGAUAAAAGCGAUGAAAUCAAUAAAAUAAAAACAACUAUUAAUAAUACAUUACUUUAGGUAAAUCAAUAGGCAUAAAAUUCGAUCUAAGCAAUGUUAGAAAUGGUAAAAGAACAUUCUCAAAGUUAGUAAUCUGGCAAAGAGAUCUCCUAACAACUCUAACAAUAAUAUCACUCUCUGUUUUCUAAAUUUUCAUAAAUUCAGGAGUAAUUCACUUUAAAGGUUUAAGAGAAGGAUGAAAAAAUAAAGUAACUCUAAAAACAUAAUGGAGAACUUAAAAAGGAGAUUUCAGAGUCAUAAUUAAUUAUCUAAAAAUAAUAAUAGGAGUUGUAUAAAAUAUCCUCAAACAAUAAAAGUUUAAAAUCUCCUCAUGUGCAAUAAAUAUAGUCUCCUAAAAAUGCGAAAUCAAAUAGUUUUUACACUAAUUCAACAAGUGCUGGAUUAAAUUUUACCAAAAAUAGACCCUAGAGUGUUUCCAAAAAACAAAAAAAAUAACCAAAUCCAAAUCUUUUUGAAAUUAGUAUUGAUGAUUUCGCUAAUUUUAAUGAAAAUUCAAUUUUAGAUUCUAAUGACAGCAUUGAGUUUCUCGCUCGAGAUGCAAAAUCAAGCAGCAUUCAAUCUCCUAAAGAUCCUUUUAAAUCCUCCUAAUCGAUGAAUAUCAAUAGAUUUUUUAAAGAGAACAAUUCAAAAGUUCUUCAAAUUGAAAGUACAAUAAAGAAAUAAUAAGAAAACUUACCUCCUUUACAUUAAGCGAUUAAACGAAGAUUACUUUACUUGGGAAAACAAUAGAAGACUCUUCUUUGCACAUAUUCUGGAGAGCAAUUAUGUGAUGCUGAGAUGGGAUUGCAACUCCUUGAUGAUAAUGGAAAGCCUUUCGUUAUCAAUGAAGCUGAAAAGGAUGAACUAAUAGCAAGAUAACUUAUAUAACUAAUUUGA